UUUUUUUCUUGUGACAUAAAGCUCAUGAUCAAGCGCUUAAAAGUAAACAUUAGACUUGUUGGGCCGCGGACGCACUGGUAGGAGGAGAAGACGAAGAAGGAGGUGCUGCCGCCGCUCGCUGGGCUCAAGUCUUUGGCACCAACUUGUGAGGGACACUGCGAAGACGAUAGACGAAGCCUUAAGUGGGCUUGUGAACUGCCAUGAACAGAGUGGUGGCUGGCUGUGCCCUGUGUUCGGCCUCAGGGCUGCUCUGGAUGGGACUUUUCCGCCUCUCAAAUCACCUGAUGACCCAGCUCUUCAAGGCCAAGAAGUGGAGUGUCUCGGCACACCACAUAAUGAACAUGAGUGAAGCCAUUGUUUCCAGCUUGCAGGCCGUGGCAUCCUCUGUUUGUGGAGUUGUGGUGGUGGUCUCCUGCAGGCAUGAUGUGAUGAAGGCAGUCCAUCCUCUUGCUUCCUGGUAUGCCUGGGUUGCAGGAAGCUACUUCAUUUAUGAUGCAAUAGCAAUGUAUCAGGUCCACCUGGCAAGCUUGGCAGAAGUUCCCAAGAGGUUCAUUGACCGAGUAUGCAGCUACCUGAGGCGGAGGACACUCUUAGUUCUUCACCAUGUUGUUGUGGCUUUUGUCCUUGUACCUGUGCUGGUGUACAGGAGCGGGCUGGGAGACUUCUUUGUGGGCUGCUUUUACUGUGUGGAGCUUAGUGGACCUUUCACUAACAUGAGAGUUGUGUUGAGCAGACUCGGCCUCAAGACUUCAAGAUGGUACAGUGUGAAUGGGCUCCUCAUGAUCACCAGUUUUGCGCUGUGCCGAGUGGCUGUCUUCCCCUACAUGUACUUUGCCUAUGGCACCCAGUAUGACCUCAGUAUUCUUCAAGUAGUGAGGAAAAUUCCAGUACAUUGCAACCUUGGCUCACUAAUGGUGCUGCUGCCACAGGUGCAUUGGCUAAGAUUAAUGUUGUUAGGUGCAUUCAAAGUGUCCCGAGGCACUCCCAUCACUGAGGCAGAUGAGAAGAUUGACUGAAUUUAACAAGGGAGACAGCUCAAGGGCACAAAACAAUAAAGCAACAAUAUAACCCUCCAGGCGCUGCUCCAACAACAGCAACUGAAACAAAAGGCCAAAAGAGAGGUCAAUUUCAGAAGAGGAGUCUUGGCACUCCUCUCUUGAAAGAUGUCAAGCCAUAGGUAGAAGGAAAUACAGACAAAGGAAGGCUGUUCCAGAGUUUACCAGCAAGAGGUAUAAAAGAAUGAAGGUGCUGGUUAACUCUUGCAUAAGGGAUCUGGACAGUAUAUGAGUAAGUAAGAAUAGAAAGUCAAGUGCAGUGCCCUGGACUGCAGGAAUGGGGGAGGCAUGUAGUCAGCAAGUUCAGAAGAGCAGUCGGUGUGAAAAUAUCAAGAUAUUUUGCGACGGAAUUUGAGAGGUAGAAGACAGUCAGUAAGAGGAGAGGAGUUAAUGAGACGAAGAGCCUAAGACUCUACUUUGUCCAAAAGAGCUGUGUGUGUGGAGCCCCCCCACACGUGAGAUGCAUACUCCAUAUAAGGACUGACAAGGCUAUUGUAUAUGGACAGCAUCUGUGCUGAAGAGAAAAACUGGCGGAGACGAUACAGAAUGCCCAACCUUGAGGAAGCUGAUUUAGUGAGAGAAGAGAUGUGGUUUCCAUUUUUUUUAUUUUGAGUUAAGGAUAGGCCGAGGAUGUUUAGUGUAGGAAAAGAUGACAGCUGAGUGUUGUUGAAGAAUAGGGGAUAGGUGUUUGGAAGAUUAUGUCGAGUUGAUAGGUGGAGAAAUUGAGUUUUUGAGGCAUUGAAGGACACAAGGUUUCUUUUACCCCAAUCGGAAAUAAUAGCAAGGUCUUAGGUUAAGCGCUCUGCAGCCUCCAGUCUUGAGUCAUGUAAUUCCUGUUCGGAUGGUCUCCUAUUGAAAGAAGUUGAAUAAUGCAGAGUGGAGCUUUUUGGGGGUUUUUCAAGGUUGAGUCAUAUACCCCCCCCAAAAAAAGAAACUGCACCAGUUGGCUUCAUAUAACUCGUACAUCGAGAAAAGACCUUACCUUUUUCAUGUAUGGCAUUUAUUUUACUUAAAAAAUGUGUGAAAUUUUGAAAAAAGUCCAAAAUUGUUACAAAACUGGCAAAAAAAAAGAAGAUAAAAUGAAUCUUUUCUAAAAUGCAAAAUACUUCAUUCACUUCAUUGUUUCGGGAACUUAGACUAUAGAAAAGGCUUGUAAAUUAGUGUUGCUGCCAUAUUGUGACACUUUACUCAGUGUAAAACCUUUUUUCUAUUGAUAUAAAGUAGGCAUCAUUUUUGUAAAAUUUCCUUGGAGGAAAGUUGGAAAAGGGUCAUUCCACCGUUACGGUCGUUUCAUUCGGAAGUAACUUAUUGGUGCACUCUUACCUGUAUCUCUAGAAGUUAUGCGGUUAGCUUGAUAUGAUUUUUACCAAGAUAGUACUAAUGGCUAAAGAGGUUAAUGAGACUAUCCGGAACAUUCUGUGUUUAUUGUUGUUCUUGUUAUUUAUUGUUGAAGAGGACGUUACGGUCGUUUCACAAAUGCAACCCGCAGUUUGACUUAGUGUUGUACAUAUGCAAAACUCUGUGAGAAUACAAAGAAAUUUCCAAAUAUUUUAUAUGCAUGUUAUAGAUGAAGCUUUAAGUUAUGCAAAUAUGUAUAGGUUUUGUCAAUUACCAUUUCAGUUUUUCA